AAAGGCAGGGAGGCAGGCACACGUUAAAGCUACCGGAGCGCCGGCUCCCCUUCUCCUUUACUCGCGUCGUCUAUCAUAAAAUAUAUAUUAUACAGGCGAGCGAGAGGAACGAAGAGGAGUGUGUGCGCGAAAAUCGGACGUGCGUCCUCGUCCUCUCGACACUCCGGGGCACGGAGGUAAAACUCUUAUAUACCAGGGGCGUGUGUUUAGCAUAUAGUGAACGUACAUCAUUGACAACACGCACGAUACAGAGAAGUAUGUCGUCAGGGGCUGGGUCUAGUGGAACCGGCAGAGGCCGUGGAUCAUCAUUAGCCGACAACAAACCAGAAAAUAAAGAGGCGAAACCUAAUCCAAAGAUGUCUAAGGCAUUAGGAACCUCUGCAAAAAGGAUACAAAAAGAAUUAGCAGAAAUUACUUUAGAUCCACCUCCAAAUUGCAGUGCUGGACCUAAGGGUGAUAAUUUAUACGAAUGGGUUUCAACAAUUUUGGGUCCUCCUGGAUCAGUGUACGAAGGUGGCGUAUUUUUUUUGGAUAUACAUUUCUCUCCAGAAUAUCCAUUUAAGCCACCAAAGGUGACGUUUCGAACGCGUAUUUACCAUUGCAAUAUAAACAGUCAAGGUGUUAUAUGUUUAGAUAUUCUUAAGGACAAUUGGUCACCAGCAUUGACUAUAUCAAAAGUUUUGCUGUCCAUUUGUUCUCUUCUAACAGACUGUAAUCCGGCUGAUCCCCUGGUGGGUAGUAUAGCGACGCAAUAUCUACAAAACAGAGAGGAACACGACCGUAUAGCACGCUUAUGGACCAAGCGUUAUGCGACAUGAGCAAGCUCGCGCGAGAACUCGAAGAACUCCUAUGAAAUCUCAUGCCAAUUUUAUAGCCCAUACUAUAUUCAGAAAGCUCUGAUUCGGGUAAUUUCUAAAAUGUUUUUUCUGUUAAGAUUAAUAAGAAAAUUUACGUAGAAGUUCAACAAUGCGGAAAUAAACUCGCGAAUCGUACGUCGUUUAUGUUCAUUUGCCAACAUUA